UGACGACGAGACAGAAGACGAGGGUCCUGUACACUCCCGUGGACGGGCGUUUUCCCAAAGCAGGUUGACUACCACGCACCCGCCCUUGAAACGGGCACCUAUACCUCGGCUAAAUCGAUCCCCAGAGGGAGCCCCGCCUAGAGCACCAGAAGGUCCCGUUCCUUUCACGCGUUCUCGAUCACCCGCUGUUAUGCGGUCAACACCUGUCAGCGGAAAAGCCAACCCUCAACGCAACACGUCUCCUGCUGUCUUUGCGAACACAAUGACGGCUGUACAGGCGCCAUUCACCGUAUUCCCCUCCCACUUAGAACUACACCUUCGGCUUCCUAUCUUUCCUUGGUCAUGGACAUUUUGUAUCGAAAGUAAAAAAGCGGGAGAAAGCUUUCUAAUCAUCGGAUCUCUUAUUUAUGCAAUAUCAACAUUCUCGGACUACCAACCUGCAGCAUCUUCUCAAUUAUCUCUAUCUCUAUAUAAUUCAUGGAUUGUCACAGAACUACAAAUGCUCAUUGCUAUCUCGCUACUGUAUAUCAUGUGGACUCAUAGUUCAAUAUCAACGGGCACGACGUUGAAACAUCAAGUAACCAGUCCCAUCUCAAUAUCUCUGUCCCCAUCUGUUCCACGCCCUGUAGAUGGUCGUAGCCCACGGCGAAAUUCCUUGUGGGAUUCUUCAAAGAAAUCUGAUUUCGCGUUUCUGUGGAUGUCUGUCCCUAAAAACUACCGGGAGGCAUCAGAUGAUGGCAUUUUGACUGGGCUAUUGUUUGGGCCCCUCAUUGGAAGCGCGCUUUUGUAUUCUUCCUUGACCCAGUUGUCAUCAUCAUCACCCAUACUUCUUCCAUCCACUUGGCGGAUCGAACCGCCUGCCCGACUCAGCAAUUCCAAAGGGUCGUAUAGUGUCCUGGAGGCGCUAGUCCUUUCCCGUUACAACCUCAUUGAUCUAUCCACGCUGUGUUCGUCAAUUCUUUUGUUUCACGCAUGUACCUCGAGUUGGUUGGAGACUCGAUACCUCAAGCGACGCGAUGUCCCCGAGGGCGAGCGAGGGUCUGUUCCGCGCAGUGAAGGCUUGAGGUCGUGGUACUAUGUGUUAUUUACUAUAGUCGUUAGUCUGAGUAGCUUCACAACCAAGAUCAUACUGCAAAAGAUCGGAUGUGGUAUUUGGCACCAUAUAACGCUAUUUGAAGUUAUCUUAGGGGCGUUGUUCUAUCAGUUCACACUAUACAUUUGUCUCCGCUUGGCACAUCGUGUUUUUACGCUGGGCGAGCUGGGCCUGGUGUGUUUCGGCGGAACUACCCUUUUGAUGGAGUUUGUAAAUAUCAAUAUCUCUAGAAUAUGGCCACUGACAACGCCCUUCAUAAAGACAUACCGUCUUCCGACGCCGCUUCUCAUUUUUCAAAUGGCGCUUGUUGCUGGAUCGCUUCUCAGUGGCUUUAUGUUAUCUCCGAUCCUUGUUCUCUCCCGCCACAUAGCCCAACGACCAGUACGUCGCCUACGAAAACCAAAAGAUAAGCUACGGCAGCGUCGACUCCUUGCGUUGGGAUUCUAUGUUGGGCUAUUCUUGAUAGUUGUAGGCUUGAUCGGCUUGUGGACCCGUUGGUGCCUAGGUAAACGUGAUCCUUGGCUUUGGGUCAUCUUUUGGCUACUGGAGGGCAAGAACAAGUGGAGCCGACCUGGGCUCUUGGUAUAUUGGGCUCUGUUGGGGUCGCUGAGUGUUGCUGGAUGGACAAGGCAGCUCGCCAGAUCGAAGAAGUUCCGCGUAUGGAAUACAAAUGGGGAGAACUUGAUCGUUCCCGGCGCCGUCUUGACCACCUCGCAGCCCUCAGCGGAGCCGACGCCUACAAAUUCCAAUGGAAAUCCACUUCCCUCUCCACCGAUACUGGCAUCUGGAGGGUCUUUAGCCACUGAUCUCUUAGACGCGGCCGAUAAGCACGUACCAACUUUGAAGUUGAAUGCACGUCGAAAAUUCUUUCAUGCGUUGGCUGUUGUGAUGUUCGCCCCCGGCAUUGCCUUUGAUCCAGCCUUCACCCAUCUCUGCUUUAGCGCUGCCUUUGCACUCUUUACUUUCGCUGAAUACGUUCGUUAUUUCGCCAUCUAUCCUUUCGGCGCGGUCGUACACCUCUUCAUGAAUGAGUUUUUGGACCACAAGGACAGCGGUACCGCAAUUCUAAGCCAUUUCUACCUCUUGACAGGAUGUGCUGGAAGUUUGUGGCUUGAGACACCGUCGCGACUUCUUCAGUUUACUGGAAUUCUUGUCCUCGGCAUCGGCGACGCAUUGGCUUCGAUCGUGGGUAAACGGAUUGGUUUACACCGAUGGACGCCCACGACCUCCAAAACUAUUGAAGGUAGUCUGGCGUUUGCCUUGUCUAUCGUUGCUUGUGCUUGGGCAUUACGACUUUGUGGAUUUGUCGAUCCUUUUUCUACCAAACGAUACCUAUUCAUGGUGGCUAUUUCAGCUGCACUGGAGGCUUUUUCAGAUCAGAACGAUAAUUUGACUCUACCAUUGUAUUUGUGGAGUAUAUUGGUAUUGGCGGAUACUUAGAUAGAAGGCUGGAAAUUUCAAUAAUCCUCUUCCUGUGCCUUUACUCCUUAUGUGCGCGCCGAUCAUCUCCAGUGAGACCGAUCAAUGAAAUGGCGGGGGCGCGAUCACGUGUACACAAACUAAUUGCAAGUAGUAUACGAGAGGGUCCCCCAUAGUAUACAGCACAAUGCAUCUGAAAAUGU